AUGGGUUUCACCGACUUCGUCUCUGAUGCCGGCCUGUCUCUGGCCAACAACUACCUCUCUACCCGCAGCUACGUCGUUGGCAACUCCCCCAGCCAGGCUGAUGUCGUGACCUUCAAGGCCUUCACCGCUGCCCCCGACGCUGAGAAGUACCCCCACGUCGCCCGCUGGCUUUCACUGCCUACGGCCCGGAGGGCUCCGGAGGCCUCUGCCAACCCCAAGGACAAGCCCGAGGACGACGAGGAGGACCUUUUCGGCUCCGACUCCGAGGAGGAGGAUGCCUCCGUUGUUGCUGAGCGCAACAAGCGUCUUGAGGAGUACAAGGCCAAGAAGGCCGCUAAGCCCAAGCCCGUCGCCAAGUCCCUGGUCACCCUGGAGGUGAAGCCCUGGGAUGAUGAGACCAACCUUGAGGAGCUUGAGGCCAACGUCCGUGCCAUCGAGAUGGAGGGUCUGGUCUGGGGUGCUUCCAAGUUCGUUGCCGUUGGCUUCGGUAUCAAGAAGCUCCAGAUCAACCUGGUCGUCGAGGACGACAAGGUCUCCACCGAUGAGCUCCAGGCUCAGAUCGAGGAUGACGAGGACCACGUCCAGUCCACCGACGUUGCUGCCAUGCAGAAGCUGUAA